ACGCAUGCUCGGGCUGAAGUUUUAGUGCACAAAUUUGUGCGAACCCUACUGCUAAAACGGUACAUCUUAUUUAUUCUUAUGCAACUUCAAAGAGGAUGGAGAAACAGCACACAAGGGCUGUUUUUGCACGUCAGCCAGCUCGUAUUUUACUGGUGGACUUCUCCCUGCCAUUUAAUGCUGGUAUCUGUCACCUGGUUCACAAGUCUCUGGAGGAAUUGUUUGCAGUCGUCUGCAGUAUGCCUGGGAUACCAAGGAUCCCCUACUUUGGGCUUUUUGCUCUGGGCACACAUGCCGAGAAUCUGUUUCCGCUCCAACACAUCAAAGGCAAUUUCCAGCGGCUGUAUAACGCACUGCAGGAAUUGAAGUCAUUCACGUCAGAUAGUUUCAUGACGAUGGAAUCAUCGGUCAAUCUAGGCCAAGCAAUGAGAGAGGCAACAGUCCAGUUCCGUCGACAGGCUCAAACACUACGACAGAUGACAGGCUUUAGUGCCCAGCUAGAAGUGACUCUUUUGACUUGUCAUCAAGGGCCGUCAAUUAGCAAACAGAUUAAUGAGAUCUUACCUGAGAUGGAUCUGACAUCAUUGAGACGAAUCCAGGUUGUCACAGUACUGGCCGGGCCCAGUGGCCUAAUAUUCAUGGACCCCUCUACAAUGUCAAUUGACAUUGACAGCUCACCAACCAUCAAGAUAGAAAUGACAGGAUCUCCAACUUCCUCCCAGAGCAGCGACCCACUAGCUCUAGGUGCUGUGGAGACGGUAACUCUGGAGCAAGAUGAGAUAAGUUUUCAAGAGUUUUUCCGCAGUUGGCUUCAUGACUGUGGCACAGACAGAGAACAUCUUCAUCUUCAACUUCCUCCAACAACUGUUGAAGACGACUGGUUGACCCUGAAAUGUGAUCUCCAGGAAAGUUUGCUCAGUUCAUCCCAAUUUCCUUUCCAGGCACAGUUUGAUAUUCAUGCAAGCAUGGUUCCCAGUAAACCUAUCGCCAAUCAAAUGUCUGGCAAGAUCAACACUAUCACCGCCCCAAUCAUAACACUGCAUACAAUCCAAAUGGUCAAGGUGUCAGGCCUACACGUAUGCGACUCCACAGUCUUUGGAAUGCCUCUCCUAGUCAAACCGACAUCAUGUUGGCAGCUGGAUUGGGAAGAGCUAGAGUCAAACCAGCAACACUUUCACGCUCUCUGUCACUUGCUUCAAGAAAAGAGUUUAGCCUUAGUGACCAGGCUGGAUGACAACACUCCUUCACCUAGCUAUCAGACCCCAAAGCCUAGUGGCCAUUUUAUCCUUCUACCUUCAUCAGGUCUGUCUCUCCUCCUCAAGCCUAUUGCUGUUAAGGAACUCAUACUACCAACAGAUUGUAGCCAGCAGGAAGAGCAACCUGUCUCCGACUUUCUACAGAAUGUCACAGCUCGUUUGAAUAGGCUGGAGGUCGCUGACCUUUAUAACCCACUUAUGAAUACAUCCCAGCUUCACAAGAGCCUGAUGGGGACACUUGUCCGUGACAAGGGCACCAGGCCAGUGCAGAGUACCGGGAGGCAACUCAAACGCAAAACAACAGACACAAACACACCUUCAAGGAUGUACCCAACACAAAGAUGCUCAUCUUACCUGUACCCAAGCACCCAUGCAAUGCCUCAUGGAAAUACUUGGGGUAGCACCAAAGGCACAUCAAGGGGUGUAAAGCCCCCUAGCGCCCAGAGAUAUCACCAACCACUUGCAAUGGAAAGUACCACCUGCUAUCCCCAUACUGAGUAAAGUGGAAAAUUUCUGCUGACUGAGGGGCUUUCUAGCAGUAAUCCUCCACAUCAAAACAACUGGGUAAGCACUUUACAAACUGAUACUCUUGUUAUGAUGAAUAAAUAAAUGGACUAUUUGAAACAUCCAAUGACGACUGAAGCUCUACAAUUCAUGGACUUCCUCACAAAGACAGAAAGGUGGAUGGAAUUUGGUA